AUGACCACUGGGACGAGCAUAAAAGAUCGUUGUCGUCUUUGUUAUACGCGUCUGAAAGAUACAUCAUCAUUACAUCAUAAAAUCUGGUGUUCACACCAUCCAAAUCGAAUUUUCAAUAUUUACAAACGUCGUCCAUUUCGUUAUCGUGAUUUAAUUGUACGUUAUUUAUGUAUAAGUUUGCCUGAAAAUAAUCCAAAUGAUCAUUAUUCAAAUGUGAUUUGUGGUACAUGUGCAACAUCACUGACAAAACUUGAAACAGCCUAUCGCUCAUUUGAACAAACACAAAAGACGAUUCGAUCUAAAUUUCGUAAAACAUCACAAAUCGUUCGUUAUCAAUUAGAUAAACAAAUAAAAAGUUCAUCGCAACCGAAAAUAAUCAUGGAGCAAAAAGCAAGUGAACCAAAACGUUUAUCGAAACGUAAAGGCGCACCAAAACAUAUCAAUCAAACAUUAAAUCAUAAUAAAAAACCAACAAGCAGUGUACAAUUGAUUGUGAAAAUUCCAUCGCCUUAUAAUAAUAAUAAUAAUAAUAAUAAUAAUAAUGAUGAUGAUAAUGAUGAUGACGAUAAUGAGCCUAUUGAGACGCAAAAUUUAUUUUCAUCAUCACUAUCAAAUAAACGAGCAAAUUCAAGGCGAAAAAAUGAGAGUUCAAAUGAAACAACAACAUAUCAAAAGAAGAAAUUUAAACGUUCAACGAAAGAUCAAGAGCCGUUGAAUAUGCUUUCGGACACAUCGAAUAAUGAAUCUUAUAAUUGUAUUAAUUUACUUAAACCAAGUAUUAUGACUGAUAUAUCAAUUAAUAAUCUUUCUUUAUUUAAUUUAACAACGCCCGGUUCUGUAUCUUCUCCAUCAUCAAUAAAUAGUCGACCGUUCAACUCGGUGAAAGGCAAUCACAUUGAACGUAUUGCCGUCUCUCUUCUAUCCGGAACGGAAACUCUAUCUGAUAUUGGCUCGAAUGGUCUCAAUUUAUCAAAUGGCCUUAAUGAUGUUACUUCAGAUCAUAAUACAUCAAAAAGUCGUACACGUCGAAAACCAACAUCAUUAUCAUCAGCUGCCACUGCAUUAGAAACAACAACAACAACAACAAAUAAUAUCUUUUCAUCGUCAGUUCCAACAAGUUAUACAAAUGUCGCCACAAUACUUUCGCCAUCGUUAGAUGACCAAGACGAUGACAUCCUUUCGACGGGUGAUGCAAGUAAUGAUAGUUCGAGUAUAAGUACAAAUGGUCUUCAACAGAAUGGAACAAAUAUCCCAAAUGUGAAUAAGCAAUUAUCAUCAACAAUAUCAACCACGCCUACAGCUGAGGGUUUAACAAUAACAGCAAUUAACCAAACAGGACAAAAGCAAGUGUUUAUGGCAAAACAAUUGGGAAAUUUAAAAAAGUAUCAAUGUGGUCUUUGUGAAAAAAUUGUGACGAAUAUACAAAUUCAUGUACGAAGACAUACAAAUGAUAAACCUUAUCCAUGUACUUAUUGUGAAAAACGAUUUACAAAUUCUGGAGAUCUUCAAAUUCAUGUUCGAAUUCACACGGGUGAAAAACCAUACGCAUGUCCAUUGUGUUUGAAGAGUUACCGAACAAUAGGUAAUUUUAAUAGUCAUGUUAAAACACAUGAUUCUGGUACACGACCACAUCGUUGCGAGUUAUGUAAUCAAACAUUUCCAAUACCAAAAGAUUGGUAUUCACAUUUACGGUCAAGUCAUCGUUCUCGAAUACCAAAUAAUAAUCUUUCCACAACAACAACAACAACAACAACUAAUACAAGUACAACGUUGAGUGCAGCGAAUGCAACAACAACAGUCACACAACCAUUAUUUUCUAAUGCUUUAUCAAGCCAACAGCAGCAUAAUGAAAUAUUUGUACCAAAUAAAGUUAAAUUAGAACCAAUUAAUCGUUCUCAAUUAAUCAUAAAGUCAUCAAAUAUUGAUGAUCAAGAACCAGUGAAUAUGUCAAAAAAAGAAAGUUCAAACGAUAUUGAUGAAGAUGAAGAGAAUGAUGGCGAUGAUGACGUGGAUGAAGAAGAAGAAGUAGAAAACCACCAUCAAUCAACACAUAAUUUACUGGCGAACGUAUCAUCACCUGUUCAUGCCUAA